CCAACCAAUAUUUAAAUACAUUUUAAAGCAAGGAAAUACUACAUUAAGUUUGUGUUUCAUUGAACCUAUAAAUGUUUAUUUUAAAUAAUAUAUUUAAAAUGACUUCUCUGGCCACCAGCAGCUGCAGUGGUCACGUGAACACGUUACAAAUAUAACCCUCCACAACCGACAGAUACAAUCAAAUCAAGUUUGUCAGGUGGCCACAUUACGGUUUUGCAGAUAAACCAAAACAAAUUGACGUAUUUGCCUACGUGACAAUUUGAUUUGGUUGACUAUGUUGGGUGGUGGAGGGCUAUGGAUAUAAUUUGUCAUUGUAGCUAAACAAGGAUCUAAACGAAAAUAACCUAAAUAUGAAUCAUGAUAUUGGUCGGUAAAACCUAUAUAUAAAAUCAACAUUACUAACACCAGAAACACACAUACGAAACUGUCAAUUCUCGAACGUGCAAUUCGAUGCAUAAAGAAUCCAUGUUAAUAAUUAUUUUACAUUACACCACAAAUAUAUGUUCAGUUGCACUGUAAUUUAGCUUUCAUACAAUAUAUGCAUAAUUAGCGAAUGUUGUGUAUUGAUGUCUAUGAAAUAUCUUGUGUUUUUUGCAUUCAUUAAGUCAGAUUUUUUUUCUCUCCGUAUAUCAGAAUCACGACUGAACAAUAAUGAAGAUGGAACAACCAUGUGUGCUUGUCAAAAUGAUCAUUAUUAUCUUAACAUAUGGUAAAGUCCCACUUAAAUUUUCAUACAUUGUUAUUUAAUUUGGAUGCAACGAUAGUGUUACAAAGAUAAUGCUGAGUGUCAUUCAUGUACUAUAUGUUAAUUUAAGUUACAUAUACAACGGCAUAUAACGUAGGCAUAAGAUACAAACCAUUAAAGUCCAUCUAUUGUUGUUCACGUUCAGCAGACAAAAUGGUCAAUUAUCAAAAACCGUUUUGUUUGAUGUGAAAUAAUUGCCCUGCAUUUUUAAUCGCUCGAAUGGAUUUGUAUUACUUUUGGUAACGCGAUUGAUUCUAUUUCAGAGAUAAUGUGCCCAAAAGUACAGGGGAAAUCAUCCAGUGGAGUUUCCACCACUACUUUGGAGGGAUUUAUCACCAGUGACAACUACCCGAGCCCAUACCCCAAGCACUAUGACCGUACUUGGACUAUUUCAGGCCCUUCUAUGUCCAUAGUCACAGUGAACGUUUUAGAUGUGGAAUUGAAUGCGCAAAGUGAUAACAUCUACAUUUAUGAAACGAAUACAAAUCCUCAAUUAGGGAUUUUGCAAGUAUAUUCAUAUCGAUCAUAUCAAAACACUUUAAUUAUCAGAUUUACGGGUGGCAAUCAUCCAACGCAAAGAGGCUUAUAUGCUAAUUAUACUAUAAUUACACUUCUUUUGGAAGAUGACGACACAAGGCCUAUCGGAUUGGAAUCUGGUGUUAUACCAGACAGUCUUAUCACUGCCUCAUCCACAUCCGGUUCCACAUUUACAGCGCAAAAAGCCCGCUUGAAUAGCACACUGGGAUACUGGAGACCACAAACUCUCAACGCCAAUGAGUACCUGCAGAUAUUGUUUGAGGCCAGGCUUUCUGUGACAGGACUGAUCUUGCAAGGGGCAGUACCGCAGGUGGCCUCACUCAAUAAGUUAACUCCUGGUUGGGUUACUGCCAUCAACAUAGCCAUUAUGGACCCAGGAACCUCCGCUUGGAAGGACACAAAUACCAUAUAUUUUACUGGCAUCGAUAACUAUCAGGAUCCAAAGACCAUACUGUUUACAAAUCCCUUGCAGUGCACGGGAAUACGGAUAAAGCCCACAAACUGGCAGAGUGACAUAGCCCUGCGCGUGGAGGUUCUUUCACGCACCUCCAGAGCCAACGCCACUAAAAUGACAUGCGUGGCAAGCAACACGAACAUGAUUGUGACUCUGAUGGCGGAAAACGUCUACAUGGGAUUUGCUUGCUACCUCUGGGACCUUGGAGAUGGUCACACAGUUGCCUAUGGUGCCGAGUUCUGUAAACGUUUGUGGCCAAACGUGGCCACGGUAAACGAAUACGCGUCAGAAACUUUGACCUUCUCAUAUACCUAUUCAUCCUUUGGAAAGUAUUCAAUCCAACUCCAAGAAAUCACAGGAUUUUCCCGCAGCAGUUACAACACGACUCUGUACUUAAACAGUUAUGGCUGUAUACCUUAUACGUUGAUAAUUGGAGGUGAAACGGCAAAUAAACCCAAGACGCAGUUUUUAAAAGUGCCCGAACAAUUGGAUGUGAUGGCAACUUUGAACAUGUCUUGCUUGCUCAAAUAUGAAAAUAUUCAGUACAUCUGGUCCAUCACAAACCAGCAAAAUGGGAACAUAAGAGCAGUAAAUGGAAACAAUAAUAGCUUGCAACAUUUCAAUCCCUUCUAUUUCACCCAAGGCACGUUCUUAAUACAGGUCACCGUCAAUCUCCAACCACUCGGCUUGCAAAAUUUGGUGGACAAUAUGACCCUCAUCGUCAAUGCGACUUCCUUACAAGUGCAGAUCACUGGUGGAGACACCAGGACUGUUGGCAAUGGAGCUGAUGUGCAGGUCGAUGCAUCUCUGUCUUAUGAUCCAGACGAUCCCAGCCAGAGCAACAGCGGGAUUGCAUUUAAUUGGCGAUGCACCAAAGUAUCUUAUGAUAACAAAUUGACACUCUGCACGUAUGUUGUCUUGGGCUCUGGCAUCAUAUCCAUCCCUCAGGCUGAACUGCAAACAAAUUCUGUCCUACAAGUUGAGGUGACGGCAACUAAAGAUAUUCGUGUUGCAAAUAAAACACAAGUUAUUCACGUGAUAGAAGGAAAUCCUCUGGACAUAUACAUAAGUUGUGAAUAUAUUUGCAUUCAAACUGUGACCACUACGGAGCCACUUGUCCUGUCAGUUGAGUGCGUAAACUGCAAUGAUGACACCGUAUCUUACCAGUGGGAGCUGAUGUCCAGGAAUAACAUCGUCAGCAACUUCGCAGCCAUGACAUCUACCGGCACCGAAGAUGGAGGCUUGGUGGUGCUUGAAGACAUGCUGGAGAUCGGGGAGGAAUACCAGAUUAAAGUGAGAGUUGGAACUGCCAGUAGAGCUGCUGCAGAGGCCACAUACGCAUUUUCAACAAGCAUCCCCCAAAGCAAUGGCACGUGCACAUGCGACCCAGAAUCGGGUUUUGCAGCAAUGACGCUCUUCCAGCUCUCAUGCAGUGGCUGGACGAGUAAGUCCCAACAGCAGCUCACCUACACGUUUAAGGCCGUGUCGAACCACACCGAGUUCCUGCUCUACAGCUCUCAGCUGAGCCAGACUCCCUCUCUGCUGCUGCCGGUGGGAGACCUAGAUAACCAAGGGACGCUGGACCUCAGGGCGAGCGUGUGCAACUCCGCGGCAGCUUGUGCGUCGGCCCCCAUACAUGUGUUGGUGACACGUCCUCCAGUAGAUUUGUUGGUAAACAACACGCACGCAAUGCUAGCAUCUGGUGGCACAAUCCAGCUCAUGGUGCAACAUAGCAAUCCAAUUGUCUCUACAUUCAUCAGCAUUACAACAGCAGCCUUGAAAGACAUUGCCAGUGAAUAUGAUGUGACGCAGCUCACAGCAGCGCUCGUAAAGGCAAUGGGCAGUACAAACAUGUCCCUCAAUAGUGCAAACGCGAUUUUGCAAUACACUCGUGAUCUGAGCCAGAUGGCAGAGUAUUUUACAAAUGAUGAUCAGACUGUUUUGCUGGGACGUAUUACCAACGCACUAGAGAGUAUGGAUAGUCUGACAACUGGGAAAAGAUCCGUAAUGAAAGUAACCAAAGAUGCUUUCUCCGUGUGCACAGCGGUAAUCGAGAAAAUGCUUGCAGAGCAAAGUAGCUUGGACAGAAAUAGAACAAAGAGGUCCUCAGCUUACACUCAGGCGUCUACAUUCUUUGACAGUGUUUACCAAACAAUGCUUUUGCUGGGAGCGCUGCAAAACAAGAAGUCCGAACCUGGUGAAAAAGCAGUGGGUCUCAGCUCAAGGUCUGUAUCCACAACAACCCAGAAGGUCACUGGCCAUAAAUUAUUCAACUCAUCGUGGGAGACACAAGAUGGGAGCAGCGCUUCUCUCUUUCCACUGAAUGAUACCAAACCGUCUAUAACACCGACCAUGAAAAUGAAUGUACAGAUAUCUGCUUUCAAGGAAAACCCAUUUGCAUGGAAUAAAGAUUCUCCUGUAAACAGUUCAGUCGUCAGCCUGCAAGUGAGUGGGGAAGAUAAAAACGUGAACAUGUUCACUUUGAUGACGGUUAGCAAUAAUAAAAUUUCAGGAUCUAAAGUAAACUUUUUUGUAGAAACAAAUAACGUUUCAGCCUGUAAAUCGUUUAUCGUUAAGGACGGUGGCUUUGCAAUCAUAUUGGACAUUUCAAAUUCUCGUGAUGUCAAUGGCAGACUGGAAUUAUAUUUACGUUACAAUCAAGCCCCAGUGGUUGACCUUCCAGAAUUUGAUUUUCACUUUGUCAUGGAGUCGAGAGAAGCGGCAAGGAACAAAGAACGACAUGAAGGAACAGGUGAUUCUGUGAUUCGGACACAGACAUCAUUUUUCAUCCCUGGCAAUGAAACCAAUGCUGGAAUUUAUUAUAUUUUACUCAAGAAUACUGGAAAUGAAACUGCAGGCAAUGCCACAAAUGUGAAAGUCAGAAUAAGGACAACUGCCUGCAAAGUGUGGGAUGAUGUUAAUGGCCAGUGGAAUUAUGACUUGGCACAAGUGCACCCUAACUCCACAAUGAACAGCACCGUUUGUGUGGUUGGUGGAGGUCACAAGGCCACCACAACGAACGCCGGUCGCGAGCGAGUCUUUGUGGCGGCAGAGGUGUUAGCACCAAACACCAUCAACUUCUCGACGGUGUUCACGAAGUUCGACCUGGUGUCAAACGGCGCCGUGUUUGCCGCUGUCAUUGUGAUCAUCCUGCUCUAUCUCAUCAUGCUGCUGUGGGCACGGAAGGCAGACAUCAAGGACAACGAAAAGAACAGGAUGUUCUUUCUGUUCGACGUGGACGAUGAGAACCAGUGCUUGCUCGUGCUACGAGUGGCCACAGCGAAACGACAGGAUGCGGGCACGCGCUGUCGGGUCUGCUUCACCCUCUACUUUAGAGAGUUCGACACGGGGAUACGAGAGCUCGCUCACCCAGAGAUAAAGGAGUUUAAAAGAGACAGCAUAUACAACUUCCUCUUCUCUGUGCCAAAAAACUAUGGAUACCCACUGGAUGUUAAACUGUGGCUCAAAGAUGCAGAUUCCUUUGACUGUUUGUUUGUCAGUGAAAUAUCGGUACUGGACCUAGAAAAGCAGCAAGUGCAUUUCUUUUGUGUGAAUUCAAUGGAAUCAUCGGAAAUGAUCAUAGGGCAUUAUGGAAAGAUAUUUCAGGUUAAAAAUGAUCACUUUUCAUUCAACAAUUCAUGGAUGGUCCAUGAAGCACUUAAGGGAAACUUUUCUGAAGGUCAUCUCUGGUUUUCCGUUUUCUUUCGCCCAUUCAAGACCAACUUCUCCCGCGUGCAGCGCAUCUCCUGCUGUGUCACGCUCCUCUUCCUCAUGAUGAUCGCCAACGCCAUGUGGUUCGGCAAGAAGCAGGCAGCCAAUCAGGCGGGCGGCGGGGUCACGGUGGGGCCGCUGUCUCUCACCGACGUCCUCAUCAGCCUCCUCAGCAGCCUGGUGGAGGUGCCCCUCAGCCUCGUGGUCGUGCUCAUAUUCCGCAACAGCCGCUCGGAGAGUGAACGGCCCCCAGGCCAGAAGAGCUCCUGGAAGGGCCCUUGGCCCGGUGGCUGCAGAUUCGUGGGCUGGUGUCUCAUAGUCCUGACUGUCCUGAGCUCUGGCUUCUUCACAAUCCUCUAUAGCAUGGAGUGGGGCUCAGAGAAGGCCAACCGCUGGCUCGUUCGAUUCCUCUUCACUUUCGUCUUGUCGGUUAUACUGAUUCAACCCAUGAAGAAUAUCGUGUUUGCUGUGGGUCGAGUUUUAAUGUGGAAAAAGAAUGAAAAAUAUCAAGCGGACGAGAUAUUAAAACCGUACACGGAGAGUUAUGAAAUAAUGGACAGCGUUGGAAAAGAAAAACUGCAGACCAGCAAUGUACAGGGCAAGGACUUGCAAUCUUUAUAACAUGUCAUGGGAGAGAGCCAUAUAAGCCGUGUUGCAAAUAAUGCUCACAAUAUACACACACCAAUAGACAACCUUCCAAAGCAAUAUAUUAACACAGUACUUUAAAAAAAUAGCAUUUGGAAUACGAAUUUUUUUACUGAGAAUAUAUUUAAAUGUUGAAGUUGCUUAAAGAACAUUAUAGAAUGUGUCACAAAGAAUGUAUUUCCUCCCAACAGAGAAGUCUUCUCCAAUCCCAAGACAAGGUGCUUCCGAAAGUAAAAGACAAACAUGUCUCAAACCGACGCACGUUUUACGCGCUCUGUAUCUCGUGGCGCUGCUGUUAGCUGAAUGCUUAAUUAUAGGAAAUUAUACAAAGUCUCUUAAAACUAAUGUAGAGAAAACCUUUAUCGUGGGAAAAUUUGGAAAGGUUACCGAUGCCCAAAGCUACUGGGACUGGGUGUCCAACUCACUCUUACCGUACAUGAAACAAACCAGCAGCAGCGCGACUACGAGGGAAGCUUCUGGAAACGAGAUGAAUCGCUUUCAUUUAUGUAUUGUUGGGCUUGUACGUCUGCAACAGCUGAGAUACACCAAGGGAUCAAGCAAGCUGAAUUUUGUGACAAUGUUUAAAAAUGGUCAGUCCACUCCACCUGAAGAAGACACUAACAACUAUUCAAAGGCCUGGGUGAUGUCCAAUAGUACGGGUGGAGCCGAGAGAGACCAAUACUGGAUAUUCAAGGAUAUGGGAGAAGAGAUCAUCUCAAUGAAUGGUGAACGCCAGGGCAGAGGCGGCUAUUUGGUGGAGGUGGCGAAUGAUGCGGUGAAAGCAGCCGACACUGUGGCCUACCUGAGAGAGAACUCCUGGGUAGACCCACGCACGGCAGCAUUGGUCACCGAAGUCUCAGUGCUCAACGCAAACACAAAACUGCUCUGUCAUUUAACUCUGCUGCUGAUCUUCUCGUCACCUGGUGUUGCCAAGCCACAAGUCAACGCACAGGUCUUUUCCAUCCUGGAGAUCGGAGAGUUGCAGUUUAAUCUCAACCUGACUGCUUACGUCUCCAUUUUUGUCCUUAACCUGCUGUUAUUGGCGUGCGACAUUCCCAAAAUCUGUAAAGAGAGAGGUGCCUAUUUUAAAAAGGUGACACAUUUAGUAGAACUUCUGUGCUUUGGUCUAAGGAUAACCACUGCUGUGGCGUAUUAUCAGCAGACAAUGACACUCAAAGAAACCCUUGAAACAUAUACACAAGAUGGCAAUGUGACGUUUAGCAAGCUGGCCUCGCUGGAGGAGCGUCUCAGGGUGGCGCUGGCACUGCUCGUGUUCGUGGAGUCCCUCAAGGCUCUUCAGCUCCCCCUACUCCACCGCGGAGCGAGGCGGUGCCUGGCGCUGCCUCUGCUGCACCGUGAGACACGAGUCAAGAGCCGGCUGUUGAUGGUGGCCCUGCUGCUGGCCCUGUUGCUGUGCGCCUACAGCCUCUCUCUGAACGGCCUGUAUGGCGCCCGCUCCUGGGCCCACGCCUUCCAGUCCGUGACCUCUGCGCUCGUGCGCAUGUCACGUCUGGGAGAGGCGCUUGGUGGCGGAGGGGCAUGCGCCACGCUCGCAUACCUCUCCUUCAGGCUGAUGGCCUUUCUCCUGCUCUACUUACUUAGUAAAUAGGACAAUAUAUUUUGUCCCAUUCCUUAGUCUCCACAUUGUCGUAAUGGAUCUAGCCGUGGAGUGUAAUGGAUCUAGUUGUUGAGCGUUCGCCAGUUGAGUAAUUACCAGAAAGAGUCAUGUCACAGUGCUCAAUUCACAAUUGAGAGUUUGCAAGUUUUAAUCUUAAUGAGUAGUCUGGUAUCUAUGUGUUUAAAAAAAAUAUAUAAUCGAGAUAUAAUGUGUAUCUACGUACCGUUUACGGUAGUAUAUAACUACUAUAUGUUUUGUAUCUGUAUGGUGAUAUUUGUUGAAUAAAAUACAAACUAGAGUACACUUUUCCGCUGGAGUAUUUUAUUUUUUAAAUGUCCUAUUUAACUUUGGUUAAGAAUUUAGCUCAACAAGUAUGGUUGGUCACUGAAAAGAAUGAAGGUACUGGAACUGCAUACUUAUCAGCAAUGCCACUUCAUGAAUGGAAAAUUAAAAACAAACCACAGUGCGAUUGUGGCCAUGCACCACAAACUAUGGGCUGUAUAGUACACCACUGUGGUCUGCGUUCCUUCAAUGGAGGACGAGGAACAGUAAAACUACACAAACUCUCGCUCCUGAAGCCCUCUCAUCAUGGCUAGCAGACCUCGACAUUGGCAUUUAACUCCGGAACAUAUUGCCAUGCAUAAGAAGUCACUCACUGCAGAAAAAAAGUAUCAAUGUAAAAUAAAAACAUUUAGUUUGCAACAUACAAUUACAACAAUAAACAAAUCGUAUUUAUAUGUGUCAUGCUUUAAUACAAUUCCAUUUUAAGAUGCUUUGCAAAAACAAUCUCACGUGCACUCAGCAUGUUACUUAAUCUGGGGGUUUUAUGUUUACAACACAGCAUUAGAGAAACAGUGAUUAAGUUUAAAGUUUAUUUUGUUUAACCAAGUCUGAACUCAAAAGACCAGGAUAGAGCCUCUUUUAACAGUGGUCUGGGUUACCAAAAUGACCAAAGAAAAACAAAACACUUUUCAGAUGUUUAACACGUUGGCUUGCGUGACCAAUAU